AUGUGGAAAUUUCUCAUACUUGCCGCCUGUCUGGUGACCAACGGCCUUGCCCGGCCGGACGUAUCGCAUCUGCUGAAAAAGACUGGUGACAAGCAGAAGCGUCAAAACUUCAUCGGUACCACGGUGUCCGUCACUGGGAACGGUGCAGUUGUGACCGAAGUUCGAUCGAGUGACGCAGCAAAUGUUGAAGCCUUGAUACCACAGAUCAGUCUGCUCCCGCUGCAAGACAACCAACCGUCGCCGUUCAGACGGUUGGAGGAACGCUCCGGUUACGACUACCAAAAGCCAGACUUUCCGUUCGAUGUCCAUCCGGACUCGAAUCUAGUCAGUCCGGUGUCUACUCAGGCUCCGGAGUACUUGCCUCCAGAGGAUGGCGAAGAGUCGACGAACGUCGAUAAAGUUGCACCGCCCAGUUAUCCUUCAACAACAUCCACCACAACAACGACGACCACCACCACCACAACGACACAAGCUCCAACCACCACUAGUACCACCCCUGCUCCAUACACCAGUGGGGUUCCCACUACUCAGCAACAAUUCGACAACAACGAUGGCUACGGAUACAAGAAGCCCGAGGUAUUGCUUCCGUCAAACUUCAACGACGUGAUCGGUGAAGCAAGCGACAUUAAUCAGCUCGCUACAACCACGGUAUCCACGACAACAACAACCGCAAAGAAUUCGCUUGAAUAUCUGCCACCGAAACCUCUCCCCGAGCUGGUAGUGCCGAAGCAACCGAGUACUCCCUCCACGACGCAGCAACCUCAAACCGAACCAUCCACCUACCCGUCCAGUGUCAGCACCACGUUCCAAAUCCCGACCGAAACACAACCCCCGUACCCAAAACUGCCGGAAGCGUCAGUGUAUCCCGAUGCAUCGGCCACAGUCUCCACCGUUGUGACGCAACAGUCCGCAACCGAGAUGCAUUCCACCGCGGCUCCGGAGUACCUUCCGCCGGAUAGUGACGCGAAUGGCUUCCAGAUCAUCGUACGCAGUGGGUCUGAUUCGGAUGAUAGUGAUACUACCUCAACGACUGCAGGAAGCACAGCAAGCAGCACGACCGUAGUGUUCCAGCCCAACGAACCUACGACGACACUGCUUCCCGCACUUCCCGAAGCGGACAGUCUCGUACAGCAGGAACAAGGUGAACAGACGACGGAAGGACAGCAAACAACGACCACGGCGUCUAACGUACCCGGUAGUGUAACGCUUCGGAUAGGCGAAACGGUAACUCCUUUGGAUGAUGCUUCGUCUGUGAUUGCACUUAUUAAUCAAAUGCAGGAAACAAAUCAGGUCGCGAGUCAGGCCGAUUAUGUGCCGGAGCUAAGAAUAAAUGAUGAACCAUCCACGACGGUCGGUACGAGUGAGGCAACCACUACUCAGUCGACUACUGUUACAACCACCGUCACAACAUCGCUCGCAACGACGGAUCUACCUGCGGCGGAACAAACGGAACGUAGUGAACCGGAACAACCGGAGGUACGGUUCGGGGAGGAGGAAACUACUGGGCCUUCGCUGUUUGAUCUGCUCACCCCAACGACGACUAUUGCCGUGGUUACGCAGAACGAUACGAUCACCACGUACCGUCCGUCGACAUCCGCCGAAACGACGACCUUGGUCGCAGAGUCCAGUGCCGAUGAGACGGAGAUCCAGUCCAGGAUAGCUGAUCCGAACGAUGGCUACAACUACGAGGCACCGGACAACGGACUCACCGUACCGUCAUCGGUGGUCCCUUCGCAUACACUGCAAGCCGAUGGCUAUCAUUAUAAGGUUCCGUCCGUGCCGUUCCCGUAG